GGGGCUAGAUAUGGAGGGGUGGGAGUGGGCCCGGCGCUGCUUGACCUCAGCUGCAAUAAACUGAGACCUGGAAGCGCCUUCCUCCCUCCGAGCCUCUGUCUGCUCUGAGAAGCCUGGGCCCACCCCCUCAGCUGUCCAGGACUGGGGAACUUGGAGGUUCCUGUUCCGACCGCCAGAGGACGAUGCUGCCCGGGCCGGAGAAUGGCUCUGGGAGAAGGCGGGGGAAGGGUGGAAAGUAGCUGGGUUUCUUCGCUUGCCUACACCUGUCUGAGGUGGAAUUCGGACGCCAGGGUCGGCGAUCUGCCUCAACACAGCCUGUGUGGGCUUGAAGACUUGGACUGAUCCUAAAGCCCUUUCUCUGUUCCUCGUCAUUGUAUGAUCGGGAAUUAUAUCGCAAUAUUACUACUAACUAUGAUUGCCCCGAGGCUCUCACCAGGGGCUGUCAUGAUGCCCGGGUGAUGACCUAAGGUGCCUGCCACUGUUCCUGUCCGUCGACAUCCCCCAUCUAGAGGUCUUCGGAACUACAAGGGAGAGGCUAGUUGGGCCAGGGUUCUCUGAACCCUGGAGGCGGGGCGGGGCGGAGUGAGGCGGCUCCCACGGUCCCGGGGCAGCGCACCUGCCUCCCCCUUCCUCCCGCCCCUUCCCGAGGGCUCGUGAACAAAAGGUGCUUUGUACCGCACCGCUGACACCUCCUCAUUACACCAAAAUCGGGAUUGGGGCACACGCCCCCCCCCCCCUGCCCUGGGUAAAGGUGGUGGUGGGGAUAAAUCAGAUGCUACCUUGGGGUGUACUGGCUCCACCCGGGGCCCAGCAAAGAUGGGGGGGGUGUAAGUAAUGACAGAAGAGCUUGAAUUGGGACCCCAACAGAGUUGAAAGUCUUGAUUCUUGUUCCAUCCUUCUUUCCCCUCUCUCUUGGCAACUGGGGCGUGUCUACAGCCCCCCCCCCCCAACCCUAAGCAGUCCUACCCUGUGUGCCUCUCCAAGGAGCUGUAGCUGCCCCAGCGCUCACGGGCUCUCACUCACUCACACACACUCACACACACACACACACACCCCACGAAAUUGAAGCUCAGUCUUAGUUGGGGGCGUGUCUGGGGAAGCCUGCGGCUAGAAAAGGGUUAACCCGGAGUUGGUCGGCUUAGGUGGAGCCGCCUCCCCAUUGGUAGAAAGUUAUCCGGGGCGUGGCCUCUCAUUCUAUUCUGCCCCCCCACUCCUCCCCGUCAUCCCCCCUCCCCCUGUAUCCUCCCCCCAACCCCGGUCUACUUUGUACCUUCCUCACCCUGACUCCGGAGCCCGGCCAAGCCGAGCCGGGCCAGACCAGACCCGGGGGCGAUGCGGCUUCUGCCUCUGCUGCGGACAGUCCUGUGGGCCUCGCUCCUCGGGUCCCCGCUCCGGGGGGGGUCCGGCCUCCGCCACGCCGUCUAUUGGAACUCCAGUAACCCCAGGCUGCUUCGAGGAGACGCAGCAGUGGAGUUAGGCCUCAACGAUUAUCUGGACAUCUUCUGUCCCCACUAUGAUGGUCCAGGGCCACCUGAGGGCCCUGAGACUUUUGCUCUUUUCAUGGUGGACUUGGCUGGCUAUGAAACGUGCCAGGCUGGGGGCACAGGAGCCUUCAAGCGCUGGGAGUGCGCCCGCCCCUUUGCUCCCUUUGGCCCAGUCCGAUUUUCAGAGAAAAUUCAGCGCUUCACACCUUUCUCAUUGGGUUUUGAGUUCCUGCCAGGAGAAACCUACUAUUAUAUCUCUGUCCCAACCCCAGAAAGCUCUGGUCAGUGUCUGAGGCUGCAGGUGUCAGUAUGUUGCAAAGAAACCACUGAGAAGCCUACCACUGCACCCCCUUUUGUGCUGCGCCAAGGGAAUGGUGUCUCCAGGGAAUCCUUGGGUCCAGGUGGGGGUAGCACUCCGGCUUGGCAAGGAGGCCGGGCCCCAAGUCCUCUCUGCCUCCUCCUCUUGCUGCUGUUACCACUUCUUCGCCUCCUUCGGGGACUCUGAGCCUAGUCCUGACCCCACCCCACCCUUGGCCAUCACUCCCAAAUCUUGCCUCUCUGUGCAUGCCCCUGACCAGGGCCUUCAGCCUGUAGGCAUGGCUCCAGCUGCCUGGAAAGGAGUGAGGGGGGUCAGUGCUUGAGGGUUAGGGAGGUAUUGCAGGGUUCAAAGACUCCAGGACUGUGCUGUGGAGCCUUAGAGGAGUUGUCCCUUGGGAUCUGUGGGCAAUAGGGUCAGAGUUACCUAGGGCUAGCCCCACAAUUUCUGAGCAUAUGGACUGAUACCUGGACAAAUAUUGAGACUGGACCAAUUCUUGGAUUCACACUGAGGUGAAUGCUAUCACUCCCAACUGCCUUCAACUGGCCCUUCUCUCUUCAGACUGGAAUUUUUUUCUGGAAAAUAAACCAAACUCCAAUCCUGGAGAAAGGGGUCAUAAAAUACCUAGGACCCCUGGGAGCUUCAAGACUUCUACUAGUCUGGGAGUAAGGUGAUCCCCCCUCGCCUUGCUCAGCCAGCCCACUGAUCCUCGAAGUACUCCCCAGGACUCUGCCUUGUUCUCCACCUGAGAACUCUCUUGUGUCUUCUGGGAAGACGGACUUGAUGUGAGAUUGAUUUUCAUUUAUUUGUAUUUUUAUAAGUAUCUGGAUUCAACCUUCAAUAAACCACCU